CUGGUGGUUUGACUGGACAUCUGGCACCUGAUGCAACGCUUUGCAUCAGGUGUCACCACUGAGAGCCACCAGCUCUAUCCCACCUUCAUGAGGCAGCUCUCUCACUGUACCUUCGAGGUGGACUCCGGAGAUGCCCGCCGUCUCACUCAGGCCAUGUGGUCCGAGCUGGAGGGGAAGCACGGGAUGGUCGGCCUGACGGACACAGACGUUAUCCAGAGGGUGUCCAAGGAGGAGUGGCGGCUCCACUGUCGUCGCCGGACACGUGGAGCGGAGGAGACGGCGCUCCUCAUCCAAGACCUUCUGGACACCUUCAACGGCCCGGCAGGACGCGACAGCCUGGACAUCUCGUUGCUGGACACUCUCCGCAUCCAGGACAUCUGGAGCACCCAGAGGCAGCACCUCAGCUGCAUCCAGGACUGGCCGGGGGUGCAGCUCUACACCGAGACUGGCAGGCUGACUAAAGGCGGGGUCGGCCUCCCAGUUUAUCGCUGCGCGAGAGGCUCCACGUCUCUGGAGUCCUUCCACCUCCACCUCCAGCGGUUCAUGCCAGGGACGUCUGCAAGACCCAGAUAUUUCCAGGCUCUCCUGAUCGAUGGGCUGGUGAGGUGGAACGAGGACCGCGCAGCAGCUGCUGCACCUCCACCUGCAGCUGAGGAUCAUCUGCGGCCUCUGCACUCCUACAGUGGCCACCUCAAGCACGCCCUUAACCAGAAGAGCCAGAGGGUGCUUGGUCAUCAUCUGGUUGAGGAUUUCACCAAACCUGCUGCGUACACAGGGGAACUCAUUGGGGUGGAGUACCUGUUCCAGCAGACAGGUAGCGUGCUUGAGGGUGUCAGCGGGGACGCUGACGCUCUGGAUGAGGCUGCUGCUGUCAUCGCUCUUCAGGAUGAGGGCAUCGAGGAGGAUGAAGACCCCACCAUCUCCGGGCCGGUCCUCCUCUCCUCUGACGCAGCAGCCCGGUCAGCUGACCCAGCUGACACAGACAGGUCUGAGCCAUCCGGUCUGUCGCUCCCCCCAGAAGAGGAUGUGCGUCCCGGUACCUCGCAGACUUCCGAUCAGCAUCUCUCCUCAGACUCUGAGGAAAAGGUCCAGGGUCCUGAUGGUCAGCCAGGAUAUCAACACUUCCUGAGGCUGGCCAAGGCCCUGGUGGAGAUCAGGAGUCUGCCUGCAAUCUCCAACAACAGGGUAGACCGAAUUGUUGCGCUCUGGGAAUGCCUCCCAGAGUCUGACAAGCAGCGCGUCGUCUACCCUGCCAGGCACCGGGACAGACAGCCCAAAGGGCGUUUCAAGGCCGCGAAGGGGAAGAGCUCUUCCUGUCCGGGAAGGAGUCUCUCCAACGCUGCCUUUUGGGGUUGAACGCCGGCCCUGCAAACUGGCCUGACGCCAGCCGCCUGGUAGAGGCUAUUUGCAGCCAGCUCUGCCGGCUUAACCCCUCAGCCACAACAACCGGGGGGGGGGUUCUGAAGACCCGUUGGUCCCUGGUCUUGGGGUACUACGUCGCCAUCAGGGAGGCGGUCCUCGGGAGCCCCAGGCUGAUGGCUUAGACCGGUCUUCAGUUGUUUCAGCUGAACCAGAGGACCCUGUCACAGUGGUUCUCAAGCAGGCAGAAAAAGUGGGAGAGGGCUGUGCUGGAGCAGGAAGUGGGACUCCUUCCUGCUGCUCCAGCUGUCUCCCUGCAGCCUCUCCCUGGGGCUAAAGGGCUGUCCUUGGUUGAGGUGGGACAGGGACAGC